UGAUUCAUAUCCUAAAGGAUUGGAAAUUAGUGAAAUAGCAAAACUUGAUAAGAAAAAAGCUGAUUGUUUGAUUAUAAUUGGAAUUUCUUUAAAAAUUCCUGGAGUUAAAGUUCUAAUAAAAGACUUUGCUAGAGGGUUCAUGACCAUAAUGGUUACGUGA